AUGGUCAUUAUAACGUUUAUAAGGCAUGGCGAGACAGAUUUUAAUCGACAUGGCAUAUUACAGGGACAUUUGAAUACACCACUCAAUGACAAUGGUCGACGUCAGGCUAUAAUGGCCGGUCAAAGACUGAAUGGCGAGCACAACCCAAUCGACAUGGUCAUAUCAUCAGACUUGGAUCGUGCACAAGAGACAGCAUCUUUGAUUGUGGAUCAAUUAUCUGAGCGCCCCAGCAGACCAAUCAUCACGACACCACUGCUAAGAGAACGAUAUCUUGGCAAGCUCGAGGGAGUGGACCUCAGACAAUUUGUGAACUGGGAAGAGCUCCCUGAAGCAAAGAAGAUGAUCGAGCUGCAGAACAUUCUCUCGCACAAGUCCAAUCUAAACUCGCUGAUCACUCCAUCCGCGUCCACGACCGACUCGUACGCCAUUGCCCCUCCAGUCAAACUCACAUCCGAGUUUCUCAAGCAUCUGCCUCAGAAGGAGUUGAAGCUCGAGUCCAAGCGCAAGCUAAUCAAGCGAGCAAAGGAAGCAUUUCAAUUCAUCCUUCGACAGAUACCAUACAAGUACCAUAUUUCACAGAGUAAUGAAUUUGCUCACAUUUCAAAUCACAGCAACAACAUCAUCAGCAGUAUCAAUAGCAUCAAUAUCAACAGUAGCAGCAUCAGUAGUAGCAUCAGUAGCAACAGCAGUAGCAGCAACAAUAGCAACAGUGUAGGCACUGGUAUCAAUCACGCCACACCAAACAUUUUCAUGACACAAUCACAACUACCACCCGCUUCAGCAUAUAUAUCAACGUCGGCAUCAUCACUAUCCUCCUUCAUUGACAGUGAGGACUUGAGAUCAACAUCCUCACUCACGUCUUCAUCCGAAUCACACUCAUCUGCCUCGUCAACAUCAUCGAUAUCAUCAUUCGAGGUGUUACAUCAUGAUGAACACUCAACAACAAUCUCGACCAACAACCCACUAGCAGCGGCAGCAAUAUCUACCAAAGAAGACAUCAACAUCAUCAACAGUAGCAGCAGCAGCAUCACCAACAACAAAUCCACUCUAUCUUCUCAACAAUCAACACCAACUGCGAAGAACACAGAGUUUCACAUUCUGGUCGUAUCACACUCACUCACACUCAAGGUCAUCCUCAGUCUUCUACUAUGCAAGAGACAACAGGCCAAACAGCUGUUGUUCUGCCAGAACCAGAAUUUGGAUGUCACCCAGUCUGAGCAGUCGUCGCGCCAGAAUUUUAAAUGGGUCCAGUUCGAAUUGAAGAACGCCUCGAUCGUCCGUACCAACUUCUCAAUAAUCGAGAAGAAAUCCAGUGAUCAUACCAAGCUCCUACCAAGAGAUGUCUUUUUCUCUCCUGUCACUACAGUCGAAACAGCUUCAGGAUAG